CCGGACUGGCGACCCGUCCAGGCGACCCCGUCCAGGCAGGCGAUCCGUCCAGGCGACACGUCCAGGCGACCCGUCCAGGCGACGUCCAGGUGACCCCGUCCAGGCAGGUGACCCCGUCCAGGUGACCCCGCCUCUCGCCCGGAACGUUCGCUGGAGAUACCCACACCUCCCGACCCACUGGGGAUAAGUGUGUACAGAAAAUGGAUGGAGAUUAACUCAAAUUCUUCAUAGAGUUACUGUAUGGCUGCUGGCAGAGGAUCUCCUGUAGCAGUCUGUAUUACAGCAAAUUUGGAGACACCUCUGACUGAAGACAGUCUGAUGAAGAGGAUGGUCAGGGUUUUCUGUAAUCUUGAUUUUCUGCUGGUUCUCUUUGUGUAAGUUGUUGUUUGUGAAUGUCUGAAAAUUAACUAAAAAUAAAAAGCAGUUAAUCAGGUUCAUUAAUAAAGUGAUGUAAUUACCUUCUGAUGGUAAACUACGUUUGUUUGGAGUGAAAUCAGCAUUUAAAAUCUGUUGUUUAUAUAUUCAUAAACCAGGUCUUAGCCUGGGGAAAAUAUGAGAGGCGUCGUGGAUGAGCUGGAGUGAAACUUUCCCACAGAAGCUUCUGGCUCACCGCUCCGGUGGCGGAGCAGAACGCGGCUCCGUGUUCGGGCGGAGCCGCAGAUAACGCUCCGCUUUCAGCUGCUUAUCAGCUGCAGGGCGGCGCCACAAAACCAAAACGCCCCCAGGCCGUCAGAGACGCAGCUGAUAGAGGCUGCAGCCGGGCCAGAACAGAACCAGGCAGCCGGGCCAGAACAGAACCAGGCAGCCGGGCCAGAACAGCAGCCGGGCCAGAACAGAACCAGGCAGCUGGUCUGUUUCCAGACUCAGUAAAACUCAGAUCAUCAACAAACAUCUGAUUGGUUCUGCAGUGAGGAAGAGGAGGAGGAAGAGCCACAGUGUGUGUUCAUAUCUGUCAGUGUGUGUGUGUGUUUUGGUGUGAUCAGCUGCAUGUUUGCUCUCAGUCGCUCCGUAAACGUGGAGCAAGAAGUCCAGCAGAACCAGAACUCCCAGAACUCAGGUUGGUUUGGACUUUAACUUCUCCUUAACCAGUUCAGCUAAAAUUAGAAACCAGUUUGCCUGUUUAACUGGAACUGGAGGCCAGUUACUCUGAUCAGUUUAAACUAAUUUUCCAGCUUCUCUCUCCGACAUCACAGAGGGCAAAGGUCGCAGAGAUCAGAGGAUGUGAUUAUAGAUGAUUGAUCUCCAGUCGAUCAGCUGGUUGAAGGCGAUGAAGGUUAACUAACGACCUUCCUCUGAAAAUAAACGGACAUCGAUGAUGAUGUUUUAUUCUUCAUCAUCACUUUUGAUGUUUCACUUCGUCUGUUUCAAUCCCAGAGCUGAUUUUAGUCUCCUGUCGGGUUGUUGGUCAGUUGGGUCAUCCCAGCUAAUCCCAGCUAAUCCCAGUUAAUCCCAGUCAUCAAUCAGUGCAUCAAGUUGAACUUAUUAUUGAAAUUAGUUUCAACAGUUUCUCUCUAAGAACCUGUUUGAUUCGUCUGUCAGUUGCUGCUCCUGCAGGUUUGAGGUUUUGUGAGGAACCCGGUUCAGAUCGGUUUCAGAAUGUGUUGGCCUCUCUGGGUUCUGAUCGGGCCGGUUGGGCAGAACUCGCUGGGUUCUGAUCGGGCCGGUUGGGCAGAACUCGCUGGGUUCUGAUCGGGCCGGUUGGGCAGGACUUCUGUCUGUCAUCUGAUCCAGUGAACCGUUGGAGGUGGAAACACCCAGAAAGUCAAACACUGCGAGUCGGGCCUGAACACACCCGGUACCUCCUCAACGUAAACAUGAGCUGUUAGAGGUCUGAUCAGGAUGUGGGAGGUUCUGACCCGUUAAAGGUCCGAACAGUACACUAAAGGUUCUGACAGAGCCGUCUUUGUCAGUUUGUCCUGAAAGGCGUCAUUCGGGUCGGACCCGUCCUCGCCCAGGAUUUGCAUGCUGCAGGAAACAGAAACAAACUCAUUUUCAUUUACGGCUGCAUGUUGGCGUCGGGCUGCAGCUCUUCUCUCACAGGAACCAGAACCAUCAGAGUUUUGCCGGGCAGAACCCGACUCAAACGCUACAAUUCACCGUCUCUCUCCAGAACCUCCUGAUGAUUUCCAACAUGGCCGACAUCUAUAAAUAAUCUGCUGAACGCAUCAGAACACAGGCUGGUGAGUCCCUGUUAUCUAUGAAAGAAGGUCCAAAUGGUUCUGAUGGACCCGGCUGAGGCUUCUAUAUUUACUGCUCCACCUUGGAUUCACCUGUGAUCCAGGUGAGGCGCUCCUUAAGACACAACGGUUCUGGAACCUGAUCUUUCCUGAAGCACAGUGGAUGUUUCGGGUUCUGGUAUCUGUGCAGAACCAUUCCAGUAGUAAUCUCUGGUUCUGUGCUCACUGAACAGAACUUUCUGGUUCUGAUCGAGAAGCUUGGUGCUCAGCUGGUCUUCCUGGUUCCUGUUGGGUUCAUUUCAGGGUCAGAUCCGGGAAUCCUCCAUGGCGGCAGUGGGAGCGGACGCGACCGGGUUGUGGUUCCCGACACCAGGACUCUUCCUCAUCCUCCUCCUCCUCCUCCUCCUCUCCAUCUUCCUGACUGCUCUCUGUAGCGACUGCAACAGAAACUCGUUUGAGCUCCAGGAUUCAAAGACAGAGAAACCGCCGUCAGCUCUCAUCCGAGUGGUGAAGCUGGAGGAAGUGAAGGAGAACCCGAUGAUUGGAGAGAUCCAGAAGGACGAGAGAGAGUUUCGUCCUGGAGGAGAUCCAGCGGAGCCGGUCAGUUCUUCCGAGGGCCAACAGAGGGAGCUGCAGAGCCGCCCAGACCUGAAUGGCUCCGCUCCUCAAACCUCCGACCACGUCAGAGAUGGGCGGGACAACAGCGGUGAGGCGCUGGGACCGUCAGCCAAUCGGCUGUCAACGCAGCUUCAUUACGUCAUUCAGUCCGACGACAGGAACUCGGUUUACGCUCGAGUCAGCAAGAAGCUCCGCUUGGCCAACUCACCUGUUCCCACACCUGAGGGGGCGGGGCCUGAGGAGCAGCGCUCCCCUCCGCCGCCUGACCGGGAAACAUGGCGGGAGGUCGGAGCAGAAUAACCCCAACACCAGGGGGCGCUGUGGCAGCGAGGUGCAGAGAGGAAGAAAAUGAUGAUGAUGACGCCUCAGCAGACUGCCGAGGAUUUUAAACCGUCUGUUUCCAUGGAAACGCUGACCUUUGGAAACCAUCCUUCAUGAAACUUCUGAGGCUUCUGAUUGGUCCGUUACCGAUCAGCUGAUUGGUCCGUUGUGUUCCGACCCAAACCGGUUCUGAUCAGCUGAUUUCUGCAUGUCCAUCCAGAAGGGGGCGCUGCAGGAACAGGAACUGAAAUAAAGUUUAAGAUUUUUAAAGACAGUGGUACAAAACAGGAAGACGUGUUCAGUGUUUUGUUUUUGUCUUAUUGGAUAAAUAUAGUUCUAGUUCCCUAAAACUGAAAAAAGGUGAAGGUGAUGAAAUACGAAAUAUGAGAAAUAUGAUAAUUAUUUGAAAGUCUUCUUCCUGUCUUCAUAUUUUUUCCAUGAAAACCAAAAAUAAUAUUCUCAAACAUUAGUAACGAUUUAGAAUCAACAUCACAAAUGUUAAAGUUAUUAAUUUCUCUCUGAAGUUUCUGAUUAAAUGACUGUUUCUGAAAGCUCCAUGCUAAACUUAAAGUUGGGGGUUUAUUGAUUUAUUUAAUCUUGCAUUGAUUAUUAGGGUAAAUUCUGUGUAGCAGAUUAAAGGAGGAAUUUUUUAUUUUGUAGCUUUAUUAAGUUUCUGAUGAAAUAUUAUCGUUUUUCCUCCCAGUGAAUCAGGAACAGAAACAUGUUGAUGAAACAGGAACGCCGGAAACAAGGAUUUGUAUUCAUCAUAAAGAGUUUGCAUAUUUCAGAGAAUGAAAACACUGCGCGGAUUUCCGUGGAUGGCCCAUAGGGGGCGCUGCACAGCAACACAUCACAUUCACUCUAUUUUCACUCAAACACAUCAGAAUAAAGGAGUUUAUUUCCUAAAUGUUUGAUUUUCCUGGAAGUCUGUAUUAAAGAUAAACUGGAAAAUGUUUUUAAAUUUCAUCUUUUCCGUUUUUUUUAAUUAAUCUGAUUAGUUUUGUUACUAAUCUUUCAUCAAUAAAGAUAUUUCUCCUGA